GAAAACUACUCCCAUUAAAGUCAAAAUUGAACCUUCUUUAAUGAAAGACUUAAUUGUAUAUCCAUCUGUGUUCUCUAAAGCAACCAAUAUUGAUACGGAAUAUAAGAGUAAGCUCAAGAUAGUGCCAAAUAAAAAUGAAGUUAAAGUGGAGCCACUCUCAAUAGAAACAACUCUAGCAACACCAUCUAUUGAAACUAAAAACACUGUUAACAAUAUAGAAUUAGAAUUACAGAACAACCCUCGUAAGAGAAAUAUGGCAGAACAAGAAGUACUAACACCUACCCAAAAAGACUACCAGAAACUAGUUAAAGAUAUACUAGUUAAAAAAAAGUGUGGCAUUAGUGAUUACAGACUGGAAGAACUCAUAAAAGAGGAACUGCAAACAGAUGCAAAAUCAUCUAAGCAAUUAA